AUGAGCAUCCUUCAAAAGAUAGCUGAAAUUGAAGCUGAGAUGGCUAAGACACAAAAGAAUAAGAACACAAUGGGUCAUCUUGGCCUAUUGAAAGCUCGUCUGGCGAAACUCCGUCGCGAGUUAAUUGAGCCUAAAGGAGGUGGCAGUGCAGGUGGUGAGGGAUUCGAUGUCGCAAAAACCGGAGAUGCUCGUAUCGGGUUCGUUGGUUUUCCUUCCGUGGGGAAAUCCACGCUUCUUUGUAAUUUGGCUGGUGUAUACUCCGAGGUUGCCGCCUACGAAUUCACCACACUCACAACUGUUCCAGGUGUCAUUCGAUAUAAAGGUGCCAAAAUUCAGCUGCUUGAUCUACCUGGUAUCAUCGAAGGGGCGAAGGACGGUAAAGGACGAGGCAAGCAAGUCAUCGCUGUGGCUCGCACCUGUACUCUCAUUUUGAUGGUCCUGGAUGUACUGAAACCCCUCCACCAUAAGAGACUACUGGAGCACGAACUAGAGGGCUUUGGGAUUCGUCUCAAUAAAGAACCACCCAAUAUCACCGUGAAAAAGAAGGACAAGGGUGGUCUAAAUUUCCAGGCAUUGGUCCCGCAAUCUGAACUGGACCGUGAUACAGUUAAAACCAUAUUGGCUGAGUACAAAAUGCACAAUGCAGAUGUGCUUCUCCGUUGCGAUGCAACAGCAGAGGACUUGAUUGACGUGAUCGAAGGUAAUCGAAUAUACAUUCCCUGCAUAUAUGUGCUGAACAAGAUUGAUCAGAUUUCGAUCGAAGAAUUAGACAUUAUUUGUCGGAUUCCACACUGUGUACCGAUAUCAGCCCACCACAAAUGGAACUUUGACGACCUUUUGGAAAUGAUGUGGGACUAUCUGAAUUUGAUUCGAAUUUAUACGAAACCCAAAGGACAGUUACCAGAUUACAGUGCUCCCGUGAUCCUGCGUUCUUUGUCUCACACAGUGGAAGAUUUUUGUAAUAAACUCCAUCGGUCAAUUAUAAAGGAGUUUAAGUAUGCCUAUGUAUGGGGAGCCUCUGUGAAACACCAGCCACAACGUGUGGGCAAGGACCAUGUUCUGCUUGAUGAGGAUGUUGUACAAAUUGUAAAGAAGUUCUCUUUCAAAAUUACGUUGCCUUUUGUCCAUCUGGCCAGCAGCAAUUCGGAACACGUACUCUACCCGGAGCAUUCAGACUACUUGAUAGGUUGGGUUUUUAUGAGCAAAAUUCUCAACAAGGAACAACGGCAACAAUGUUGGGCAGCCCGUGACGCCUAUUGGGAGUGUGUUAUCGUCAGCACAGCACAGACUGGGAGAGAGAGUUUGGAUGAUGUGGCAGUGCAAAAACGGUGUUCGAGACAGAGGGCAGAAUAUGAGGCAAAAUGUCCAAAGACUUGGAUUGAAUUCUUCGAUAAAAAACGGGAUUUCGAACUGUUCAAAGCGAAGAAAUUCGAGGAGCAACUGAAAUCCAAAGCCAGCAGUGUGAAAAAAUAGGAGUGUUCGCACUUCCAGCCUGUUCGCUCCAUUUCUUUCAGUCCCCAUUCCGUGACCAAUCUUUUGCCUCAUUCGUUUGCGUGAGUUGUAGAUAAAAUAGCUGUUUGUAAAAGUUUACUUUUCACCGUCAGCUUUUGAUGCUUUGUCAGCCUACUUGAACAGUCGAAUCCAUGAAACAAAUCAUGCAGUAAACCGGGAUUGCUCAAUCAAAUAAUUUUUUCUUCGGUGGUUUCUUCAUACCUUGCGCAAACUGAUGACUCUCCGUAUGAAGGGCUGCCAGUUGGUCAC